AACGACUGCUGCAUUAGAUGGAAACAAGUGCUUGUGAGAUGCAUCAGUCUUGUUUUCGAUGGGCCAGUCCUGUCGAGGAAACUGAAGAGACACUCGAUGCAGAUGGAGAACAAUUCUUGUAUUCAUGAUAAUCGUUCAGGAAUCUCAUGUAGACGUACUCUCAGUGAAAGUAAAUGGAAAACGUAUCUUCCCGAUGGAAAAAAUCGCAACUAGUGCAGCAGCACCGUCGUGCCCAAAGAAAAAUCGCAUGCUCUAAGCUUCGACGUUUCGAUGAAGAGUCUGAAUCUCUCAAAAAGUGUCGAGGUGAAAGAUCGGAAAGAUCUUCUAACCGCAGCAAUGAGACGACAAGGUUCUGGGGGGAAGGUCCAGCCAAUGUCAGAGACGAAAGAAAGACUGCGCCAUGCCAGCCUCAUGCAAAGGGUUCAAGACAGUUGGAGGUCGGAACUCCUGCUCACUUGCACGAUCCUAGGUCUUCCCUGUCGGAGCUACUUCAAUGGAGAAACCUCUACUCAGAAGAUUGUCUGUUAGGGAGUCUAACACUCAUCGCAAAGUGUCAGCACUCCCAUCCGCCCCCAGGAGCUUAGAUCUCAUUUGCGUGGCCUGACAGAGGUCGAGAGGCAAGCCAGGUAUCCAGCGAAGUGCAAGGCGAACUUAGGAAUGGAGCUUAGGAAUGGGGCUCGUAUCCAGUUCACAGCAGUCAGUGGAACACAGAGAGAUGCUCCAUGGUGAGAACAAAGAAACAGGACUGAGAUAUCGAAGCGAAAACUCUGAGCAGGGAAAUGGAUUGGACGAUGCCAUUGCGUCGAUGAGUUUUCUACGCUGAGAGAAUACUUCCAGUAACAUCGGAGCCAUGCCGACUGUUUUCUCCAUACACACCGGAUUUACAGACAGGUUCGUCAGAUGUGCUUGUCCUGGUGACGAGAGUUGUACAAGACUUAGCACCAUGGUGACAGGGUUUUGUUUUGUGGAUGGUACGUUCUUCAAGGUGAUGAUUCACUCGACAAGAAUUCGGCCCAAAGUCUGGACAAGCAGAGCAAGUAUCUGGGAGGAAGUAAGAAGCAGGACUCAUGAUGAGAUCUACAGGUCGGGCCUCAGGGCUGAAAGCAGAAAUAUCUGCGGUUAAAUAUAAUAGAAGGAUGCGCACAUGCUCGCACAGAGCAUGUGAAGCUACACCGUCUUGCUUGCCGCAUCAGAACGAAAAUGUCCCAGCAAGAUCUGUUUUCUACGAGGCGUCUGAAGUGUUUCGAGCCUCGAGAGGAAGAGGCGGAGAGCGGAGCUCCGGUGAGUACAAAGACGAGCAGAUCAAGAGACGCAAAUGAAGAACCAUCAGUAGAUUCUGCCGAACCAUCUCUGAACCAUCGAGCUCUUUGCACGGUACGUGUCGAAAUCCGAAGUCUGCUGGCUCUCUCUCUCGCUUGUGUCUAGCUAAGCGGAACCAUGGUGUCUGGUUCGUGAGUCGUGCCUGGCGUUUGCCUGCCGCUGAUGUGCGAUGCUGAAGCUCUGUGCUGGGGCGAAAGUGGUGCGGAUUUCGAGUGAUCUUGAAGCUUAUCCUUGACGUGAAGCGGAAGUCUGUUCAGCCGACCAGACAAAGAAUCUGUUACAGAAGGUCAACCAGUGGAGGCAACUGCGUCGAGUCGUGCAUCUGCGCACCCACGCACACCCGAGGUCAUCUGGGGGUGGCAGUCUCGACAUGUCGGAAUUUGUCUUUGAAAUGCAAUGUCCAUGUGAGCGCUCUGACCUGUUAGGCCACCGCACAGUGGCAGGCAGCACUGGUCGCAGAUCCUCUCGUCACCUUUUUACUCAUUUUCUUAUUCAUGUCCCAAAUGAUGAGGAUUGAUCCGAAUGAUAGAUUCAUCCCGAUGCAAAGAGCAUGUCGCCUCCUCUCCUAGGGCCCAUCGCCUCUGCAGAUGCUCCAUCCAUCCCCCAAGUACAGCAUACGAGACUCUCUGUGUCCUACUCGAUGAUGCUCGCCAUUACUUGUAAUUGUGAUUGUCACCAGCGUGUCAUUCGAGAUGUUUUCUCGGGCCAGUUUCCUUUCCGGCAUGUCAUCCGCAGCUCAAGCAAGCAUCGUCACACUUUCUCCAGUAUGCCGUCGAUCUUGCAGACGUAUUCUGCGGCAUUUGCUUCUGCACUAAAGUAGACAGCUGAUGUACGCACACGGGCCCCAAAUCUGCAGAGACUGAGUAGUUUGCAGUCCAGUAUGCCACACAUGCCAGACGACUACGUAGAGCCAGAAUUUCACGAAAUUAAAUACGUCCAUUGACUUGUGGAGCUCGAAGAGUUCGACGGCUCGCAUCGAAUCGAGUCCAAGAAUCAGUCCCUGCUUAUUUUCGGAUUGCUCCAUGCAAACCACGAGAGCUUACGAGGAGUCCCAAUGAGGCUGGAGGAAUGAAUCUACACGAGACCACAAUAGUCGUCCCAUUCAUUGACAAGGGAAGACCUUCGAAACUGCACAUCGAGUGGCGAUAAUAAAUUUAUCUCAGUCAUAACUAUUUACAGGAUUAUGUGGAAAUUAUGAUGAGGAAUAAUGCCUGAAGUGAUAGGAGAUGCGUAUAUCGAUCGGGCUGCCAUUCGAAGUUUGAUCCGAACCCAUGAAAAGAUGGUGGAUGUACUGUAUAUGGAAGUCACCUCAAGAGUCUAUCCUCAACUCUCACGGGAGAACUAUAUUAUGCGACAUGACAUACUUCAUUCGGCCCAAUGAAAGGAAAUCGACAUGAGUUGAUGAAUUCUCGUUC